GGUGGUAACAUGGCUAUUCCCAACACCUAUGGGGUGAUCUUUGCUUGUGUCUGUGGGGUGAUCCUAGGCAUUGGUUUCUUUGCCAACCUGCUGGUUUUCUCUUUAUUUGCCAAGAAAAACACACUACGAAAGAAUCGCCUGGACAUCCUUCUUCUCAGCAUGGCUCUGGCUGAUUUUCUCACCCUCCUCCUCAUUCCUUUCACUCUGCACUCCGCUGUAAGUAACUCUUGGCCCCUGGGCGACAUCUCUUGCAAGGUUUACCAGUUCCUACUGGCGUUCAGCCUGGCAGCGAGCACAUACUCAUUGUGUGCUGUUUCCAUGACUCGAGCCAUGAUCAUCACCAACCCCUACCAGCCUCCCACCAUGGACCUGGUCAUCCUCAUGUUUGUCUUGGUCUGGGCCCUAAGUUUCUUCAUCAGCCUGCCCCUGCGAAUGUUUGCCACUAAGGAAAAUCUUGACCCAGGCCUGGCAAAAUUUAGCUACUGCCUUCCAACCAUUCAUGAGCACCACUACCAAGUAGUCUUAAGCCAGUUCGUGCUUUAUUACUUUAUUCCAAUGGUGGUCAUCGCCUUCAACUACAUUCGCCUGGCGCUUUUCCUCCACAAGAGUCCUGUAAUGUCAGUGUCCAGUGCCAGGAACACCCGCAGAGCCUCUGUCAUGGUGUUUUUAGCUGCGGCUACCUUCUCUGUGUGCUGGCUGCCCGGAUAUAUGCUAGAGCUGUGCGUGUACCUGGGACUGUACCGACAGGGACAAGCUUGGGAUACGUUCUACUUUAUAUGCACCAUGCUGCAGUACCUGCAUCCCAGCAUCAACCCGGUGCUCUAUGUGCUGCUGUCCAAGCGUUACCGCCACAGGAGGGCAGCCUGGCUCUUCAGCUGCAGUAAGAACAGAGUGCAGCCUCAGGUCACCAGCAUCUCCACAGACAGCCUCUGA